AAACUCACUACAGUUUCCACAGACCGGCUUCAUUCCGCGCAGGACGCAACCGAGUCUAGUUGGUUCGGAUCGGUUCUUUUGGGCAAAGUGGAGCCAGCUGACCGCAGGGAGCAGCUGCUGGAGUCUUUGGACCAAAACCUGCUGGUUCGGUUCGGAUCGAACUUUCUGUCCGUUUGUUUCUAAUUUUAACCGUUUUAACGGUUUGUGGGCCGAACCUGAACGGAUCCACCUGAGCGUCCAGAUUACCAUCAUAAUGGCAUCCAGAACCAAAUGGGAGGCAGUGAAGGAGCAUCUAACCAGGAGCCCCGGCGACGAUCCAGACGGUGCGCUGGAGGCAAACCUGGAGAACGCCAACCCGGAACUGUGUAUCCUCCUGCUGCAGGUCCCUACGGUGAUCAACUACUCUGGGUUAAGGCGCCGUCUAGAGAGCAGUGACGGCUCCUGGAUGGUCCAGUUCCUGGAGCUGCGUGGUCUGGACCUGCUGAUGGAGGCGCUUGAGCGGCUGUCGGGACGCGGAUGCACUCGCAUGGCUGACGCCCUGCUGCAGCUCACCUGUGUUUCCUGUGUCCGCGCCGUCAUGAACUCGUCUGCAGGUCUGAACUUCAUCCUAGACAACGAGGGCUACAUCCGGACCCUGGCCCUGGCUCUGGAUACAUCCAACGUGAUGGUGAAGAUGCAGGUGUUUGAGUUGCUCGCGGCGCUGGCGCUUUUCGACCAUGAGGGAUGCAACCUGACGGUGGACGCCUUGGAGCACUACAAGACCCUGAAGAAGCAGCAGUACCGCUUCAGCGUCAUCAUGAACGAGCUGCAGGCCACCGACAACGUCCCAUACAUGGUGACGCUUAUGGGAACCAUCAACGUUCUCCUACUGGGACAUGAGGACCUGCGCAAGAGACACCGGCUGAGACAGGAGUUCAUUGGGCUACAGCUCCUGGAUAUGCUCCCCAAACUGAGAGACACGGAGGACGUGGACCUAAACAUCCAGUGUGAUGCAUUCGAAGACUCCAUGGCUGACGAUGAGGAGGAGAUGGAGAGACUGUACGGAGGGAUCGACAUGAGCAGCCAUCAGGAGGUCUUCACCUCGCUCUUCACCAAGGUGUCCAGCUGUCCGUCCUCGGUCCAGCUGCUGUCCAUCCUUCAGGCCUUGUGGACGGUGGACCCAGAAAGGGCCGACGUCUGGUCGGCUCUGGAGACGCUGACGGAUCGAGCCGUGCUGCUGGCCCAGGAUGUUGAUUUAGGCCCUGGUGACUCUCUGCUGGAUAGGCUCCUCCCAAAAUCUCUCUCAUCCAAUCAAAAGAUUAGGACUGUGGACAGAGCGGUGCAGACCCAACCCCUCAGCGUUACUCCUGGCCAAUCAGAAGCCUCAGCAGCUCCAAAACAUGGUCCGCCCCCUGCCACAGCUUCUCCCCCCCCCUCCACCCCCUCCUCCCCCCCUCCUCCCCCCCUUUUACCUGGGAUGGGGGCCCCGCGUCUUCUUCCCCCUCCCCCUCCUCCCCCUUUGCCCGGGAUGGGGGCUCCUCCCCCUCCUCCUCCCCCUUUACCCGGGAUGGGGGCUCCCCCUCCUCCUCCCCCUUUGCCCGGGAUGGGGGCUCCUCCCCCUCCUCCCCCUUUACCCGGGAUGGGGGCUCCUCCCCCUCCUCCUCCCCCUUUACCCGGGAUGGGGGCUCCCCCUCCUCCUCCCCCUUUGCCCGGGAUGGGGGCUCCUCCCCCUCCUCCCCCUUUACCCGGGAUGGGGGCUCCCCCUCCUCCUCCCCCUCCUGGGGGAUUGAUUGCAGCGCAGACAGUUGGAGUUCUAGGUGGCUCCUUUCCCAGCCCCGCCCACCACUUCAGCCCCGCCCCCUGUCCUACCCUGAGGAUGAAGAAGUUGAACUGGCAGAAGCUCCCCUCCAGAGUGGUCACCGAUCAUCAGUCUCUGUGGACGUCUUCGUCUGACUCAGUGGAACCAGAUUAUUGCAGCAUCGAGCAGCUCUUUAGUCUCCCUCAGACGGAAACAAAAAGCAGAACCAAAACCAAAAUGGAGACCAAAGAGAUUUCCUUCAUUGAUGCCAAGAAGAGCCUGAACCUCAACAUCUUCCUCAAGCAGUUCAAAUGUUCCACUGAGGAGUUUGUUUCCCGGAUCCAGAAAGGAGACCGAUCCAAGUUUGAUGUGGAAAUCCUGAAGCAGCUGAUGAAGCUUCUCCCAGAGAAACACGAGAUAGAGAACCUGAAGAGCCACCAGGCUGACAGAGGGAAGCUUGCCUCAGUGGACCAGUUCUACCUGCAGCUGCUGGAUGUGCCCAGCUACGGGCUAAGGAUCGAGUGCAUGUUGCUGAUGGAAGAGAGCAGCUGUUCGCUGGAGACACUGAGAGCCAAAGCGGAGCUGCUGGACCGAGCCUGUCAGAGUGUGAGGGAGAGCACCCGGCUGCCCAGCUUCUGCAAACUCAUCCUCAGUGUUGGAAACUUCCUCAACUAUGGGACGCACACGGGGAACGCGGACGGCUUCAAAAUUGGGACGCUGCUCCGACUGACGGAAACUAAGGCCAACAAGUCCAGAAUUACGCUGCUGCACCACAUCCUGGAGGAGGUGGAGGAGGACUAUCCUGACCUGCUGAACCUGCCUGAUGACCUUCUGAUCUGUGAAAAGGCUGCUGGUGUGAACAUGGAGGUCUUGAAGUCUGAAGCUGGAUCUCUGAACCAACGGCUCCAAAACUCCAAGAAGAAAGUUUCCUGUUCCUCCGAGGACCUGAAGGAGCAGUACCUUUUGGACAUCCAGGAGAACCUGCGGUCCUGUGAGCAGCUGCAGCAGGUCCUGUCUGUGGUUGAGGAGCGCAGGCAGGACCUGGCCGACUACCUGUGUGAGGACAUCAGCAGCUUCUCCCUGGAUGAACUCUUCGGGACCAUUAGGACCUUCAGAGGACUGUUCCUCCAAGCUCUCAAGGAGAAUGAAAGCCGCAGAGAGCGGGAAAGGAAGAGGAAGCAGACAGAAGAGAAGAACCUGAAAGGAGAGUCUAACAACAAGAAAGUCAGGAAGGAGGUGAACCAGAAGGACGAAGGCUGCAUCAUUGAUAACCUGCUGGCGGAGAUCAGGAAGGGCCACACCCUGAGGAAGACCAGAACCCGGUCCCAACGGGGCAGCAGAGACCGAGUGCGUCAUGCAACCAUGCGAAGGACGAAGGCCUUGGAUGAGCCGGAUACCUUGGUUUCCGGCCAAUCACUGAUGACCUCUGGAAUGGCCCCCAUCAGAGAAGCUCCGCCUUCCAAUCCAGAAUACUCUACCCAUUCAGGGCAGCUGUCCGAGGCAGCUCUCUGCUCUGCUUCCUCUGAAACCAACCUAACUGUGGAGGCAUCUGAAACACAGGAGAUCCCUGAAGCUUCUUACUCUGAACCGGGACCUGAUACCGGAUUAGCUGGGGCUCCUGAAGAAACCCUAGAGAUCCAGAACCUGCAAAAACCUGCUACCACUAAAGCUGCUGAUGCUGCAGAGAAGAUCCACAGCGACAUUUUAGAGUCUUUGGGGGACUCUGGUGUGGACGGUGAAACCCGAAGUCCCAGAGGAUUUGAGGAAAUUCAGCCAAACUCUCAGGGUCCAGCACCAAGCCGAGAGCCAGAUGAAGGGUUGGACUUUGAGUUCAUCACUUCAUCAGAAGUGAGAGGAAUCAGACCUGAAAACAGCAAGGAUCCAAAUGCGAAACCUGGAAGAUCAUCAAAGAGGACCAAGAACCGUUCAGCAGGUACAGAAAACACUCAGCAGAGAACAGGAGAUGUUAGCUAA